AUGCAUAAUAAUUUAAUAGCUGCCACCAUCGGUUUAGCCAUUGGUGUUAUAAGUGUAACUGGUAUUUUUAUUUAUCAUAAAAUUUUUGUAAAACAAUAUAGCACAACAGUUUCUGUACAGGAAACUGCCAAUAAAAAAAUUGAUGAAUUACAAUCAGAAUUAAAAGCUUUAAGGUUACAACUAAAACAACAAAAAAAGAAAAGAAAAAUUUCAAGAAAAUUUAAUUCUAACGAUAGUAUAUAUACUGUAACAGAUAAUGACAUAGAUGUUGAUGGUUUUUCAACAGAAACUGAUAUUGGAGAUGAUGAAUUCUAUGACUGUUCUGAUGGUGAAAGUGUUGCUAGCGAUAAUGACUUAAGGAUCUCAGAGGAACUGAAUCAGUUGGACAUAAUAUUUAAAGAGAUUGAUGAACAAGUAAACGAUCAAUUUGGUGUCAAGACUUAUCAUAAAUUGCAAACAUUGAUAAAAUCUUCCCAAGACAAUGUAGAAAUAGUAUGGAGAUUUGCAAGAGCUAGCUCUAGUUAUGCAGAAUUACAAACUGAUAAAAAUGUUAGAAGGAUAAUUAUUCUUGAAGGAAUCCAACAAUGUGAAAGAAUUAUCGAAAAUCGAAAUCCUGAUUUGUAUAAGUGGUAUGCUACCCUCAUAGGAUUAUAUGGAGAUUAUUUAUCAAAAAUAGACAAAAUAAACAAUGGCAUUGUGUUUAAAAAUUAUGUAAUAAUGGCUUUAGAAAUGCGACCAGAUGAUUUUGAAUUACAAUACCUUCUAGGAAGAUUUAAAUAUGAAAUUGCUAAUUUAAGUUGGAUUGAGAAAAAGCUAUUAUUUGGUAGAAUUCCAAAUGCUACUAUUGAAGAAGCACUCAAUUGUUUUAAAACUGCAGUAAAGCUUGGAAGUAAAAAUUUACAUAAUCAGUUAUACAUUAGCAAAUGUUAUAUUGGUUUAAAAAAUUAUUCACGUGCAAUCAAUUUCUUAAAAGACAUUUUAGAUAACCCAAUAGUAACGGCUGACGAUGAAAAAGUACAUACAGAAGCAACUAAACUUUUCAACGAGUACUCAGGAUAUUCAUAGCGAAAAAUAACGUAUUUGUACAUUCGAUUUGUAUUCAAUAAUUAUGCUAUUUCCA